ACCCUUCACUCACUCUUUUCCUUCAUCCAGACGAACAUCGUCACUCGCCUGAAUACAGAAAUUUCAACAUGAGUUUCCCAACUCGCCAACGGAUCGUUGUACUUUUGUCAAUUGUUGCUUGUCUCGUAAUUUGCAUAAGUUGUGAGAAAAACCUGACCGAAUGUGAACUGCGGACGGUCAACCCAUCCCUAAAAUAUAAUCCUUGGCACGUCCUAUAUCCUGCUGCCAAACCUAAUCUGACCAUCCAAAUGUACAAUUACCAGACCACAUACUGGGUCAUUCACUACAAGAAUGCGUCGGAAGGGGCGGAUUAUAUUAAUCAGAGGUGGGAAUGCCAGACUAGAACGUACUGUCAGUGGAGGCUUUAUAAGGAUGAUGCACAACCGGGAUUCCGAAGGUUUCAAAAUGUCGAGACCGGUUCCUGUCUCCGAGUCGGGGAUGGAACUCUCGACUGCUCAACGGGAGCUCCAAAUGACGCCAGAUUAACCCCAGCCGACUGCAAGUCUUAUGCGGACGACAACUGCCAGUACUUUUCAUUGGGGUCAGGUUGGGUCAGUAGCAGCCAAAAUACUUACUACGAGAUGCGGGUGAAUGCUUAUUCAAACAAAAAUUGCGUCUCAGCCGGGACCGGAAGUGAUCUCAAAUUGUAUGAUUACACCUGUUCUACAACCUACCUCAACCAAUGGUGGUGGUUCGAAUGUCGGGGGAGCGAUUGUUAAAAUUUCAAUGUUUGACGAUGUGUCACGCUUAAAAUUUCUAUGUAUGUAUUACAAUUCGGAGGAAAUAAAUAAUUUUGAA